UACUUCUAUGAAUCACUGCUUGAAAACCUUCCAGUACUAAGCUAUCUAAAGACUUAAAAAUGCCUCCACGACCAUCAUCUGGUGAGCUAUGGGGCAUCCACUUGAUGCCACCGAGGAUCCUUGUGGAGUGUCUUCUCCCAAAUGGAAUGAUAGUGACUCUAGAAUGCCUCCGUGAGGCCACCUUACUAACUAUUAAACACGAACUCUUUAAAGAAGCGAGGAAAUACCCUCUCUAUCAGCUCCUUCAGGAUGAAUCUUCUUACAUUUUUGUAAGUGUUACACAAGAAGCAGAAAGAGAAGAAUUUUUUGAUGAAACACGGAGACUUUGUGACCUGCGACUAUUUCAGCCUUUUCUAAAAGUCAUUGAACCAGUAGGUAACAGAGAAGAAAAGAUCCUUAAUAGAGAAAUAGGUUUUGCUAUUGGCAUGCCUGUGUGUGAGUUUGACAUGGUUAAGGAUCCAGAAGUACAAGACUUCAGGAGAAAUAUUCUCAAUGUUUGUAAAGAAGCAGUGGAUCUUCGAGAUGCCAAUGCACCACAUAGUAGAGCUUUGUAUGUCUGUCCUCCAAAUAUAGAGUCUUCACCUGAGCUACCCAAACACAUAUACAACAAACUAGAUAAAGGGCAAAUUAUAGUGGUGAUAUGGGUAAUAGUCUCACCAAACAAUGAUAAGCAGAAAUACACCUUAAAAAUCAAUCAUGACUGUGUGCCUGAGCAAGUUAUUGCUGAAGCAAUUAGGAAGAAAACACGAAGCAUGUUGCUGUCAUCUGAACAACUGAAACUUUGUGUCUUGGAGUAUCAGGGCAAGUAUAUUUUAAAAGUGUGUGGCUGUGAUGAAUACUUGCUAGAAAAACAUCCACUGAGCCAGUAUAAGUAUAUACGAAGCUGUAUAAUGCUUGGUCGCAUGCCCAACCUGAUGCUGAUGGCGAAGGAAAGCCUGUAUAACCAGCUGCCACUGGACACCUUUACGAUGCCGUCCUACUCCAGGCGCAUCUCUACAGCUACACCCUACAUGAAUGGUGAAGCUACAGCCAAAUCCCUCUGGACUAUAAACAGUGCGCUCAGAAUAAGAAUCCUCUGUGCCACCUAUGUAAAUGUGAACAUCCGAGAUAUAGACAAGAUCUAUGUUAGAACAGGCAUCUACCAUGGAGGGGAACCUUUGUGUGACAAUGUGAAUACUCAGAGGGUUCCUUGUUCUAAUCCCAGGUGGAAUGAAUGGCUGUUGUAUGACAUGUACAUCCCUGAUCUUCCACGCGCUGCUCGGCUCUGCCUUUCUAUCUGUUCUGUUAAAGGCCGAAAGGGUGCUAAAGAGGAGCACUGUCCAUUGGCUUGGGGAAAUAUAAACAUGUUUGAUUACACAGACACUCUCGUAUCUGGGAAAAUGGCUUUGAAUCUUUGGGCAGUACCUCAUGGGCUGGAGGAUUUGUUGAAUCCUAUUGGUGUUACUGGAUCAAACCCAAAUAAGGAAACUCCAUGUUUAGAGCUGGAAUUUGAUUGGUUUAGCAAUCCUGUGAAGUUUCCAGACAUGACGGUGAUUGAAGAGCAUGCCAACUGGACUAUAUCACGUGAACUGGGGUUUAACUACAGCUAUGCAGGGCUGAGUAACAGAAUAGCUAGAGAUAAUGAAUUAAGAGAAAGUGACAAGGAGCAACUUCGAGCCAUCUGUACACGAGAUCCUUUGUCUGAAAUCACUGAGCAAGAGAAGGACUUUCUCUGGAGCCACAGACACUAUUGUGUGAAUACUCCAGAAAUUCUGCCCAAAUUACUUUUGUCUGUUAAGUGGAAUUCUAGAGAUGAAGUGGCUCAGAUGUACUGUUUGGUGAAAGAUUGGCCUUCAAUCAAGCCAGAGCAAGCAAUGGAGCUUCUGGACUGUAAUUAUCCAGAUCCAAUGGUGCGAGCUUUUGCAGUUCGGUGUCUGGAGAAAUCUUUGACAGACGACAAACUGUCCCAAUACUUAAUUCAACUAGUACAGGUUCUGAAAUAUGAACAGUAUUUGGAUAAUCAGCUUGUGAGAUUUUUACUCAAGAAGGCACUGACCAAUCAAAGGAUAGGACAUUUCUUCUUUUGGCAUUUAAAGUCUGAAAUGCACAAUAAAACUGUAAGUCAGAGGUUUGGUUUACUUCUGGAGUCCUAUUGUCGAGCGUGUGGAAUGUACCUAAAGCAUCUGAGCAGGCAGGUGGAGGCUAUGGAGAAGUUGAUUAACCUCACAGAUAUUCUCAAGCAGGAAAAAAAAGAUGAGACCCAGAAGGUACAGAUGAAGUUUCUUGUUGAACAAAUGAGACGGCCAGAUUUUAUGGAUGCUUUACAAGGUUUUAUCUCUCCUCUUAAUCCUGCGCAUCAACUGGGAAAUCUUCGGCUUGAGGAGUGCAGGAUAAUGUCAUCUGCAAAAAGGCCCCUGUGGUUGAACUGGGAAAACCCAGAUAUUAUGUCUGAAUUGUUAUUUCAGAACAAUGAGAUAAUCUUUAAAAAUGGAGAUGACUUGCGUCAGGACAUGCUGACACUUCAGAUAAUUAGAAUUAUGGAAAACAUCUGGCAAAAUCAGGGUCUCGAUCUUCGGAUGUUGCCUUAUGGUUGUUUGUCGAUUGGUGACUGCGUGGGACUCAUUGAGGUAGUGAGGAGCUCACACACGAUCAUGCAGAUUCAGUGUAAAGGAGGCCUGAAGGGAGCGUUGCAGUUCAACAGCCACACGUUGCAUCAGUGGCUCAAGGACAAGAACAAAGGAGAAAUGUAUGAUGCAGCCAUUGACUUGUUUACACGUUCUUGUGCCGGCUACUGUGUUGCUACUUUUAUACUGGGCAUUGGCGAUCGCCACAAUAGUAACAUCAUGGUGAAAGAUGAUGGACAACUGUUUCACAUUGACUUUGGGCACUUCCUUGAUCACAAGAAGAAAAAAUUUGGUUACAAAAGAGAGCGUGUGCCAUUUGUCUUAACACAAGACUUUUUAAUAGUGAUUAGUAAAGGAGCCCAAGAAUGUACCAAAACAAGGGAGUUUGAAAGGUUUCAGGAGAUGUGCUAUAAGGCUUAUCUAGCAAUUCGGCAGCAUGCCAACCUCUUCAUAAACCUUUUCUCCAUGAUGCUUGGCUCAGGAAUGUCCUUUGAUGACAUUGCAUACAUUCGAAAGACCCUUGCAUUGGACAAAACUGAGCAGGAGGCUCUUGAGUACUUCAUGAAGCAAAUGAAUGAUGCUCACCAUGGUGGCUGGACAACAAAAAUGGACUGGAUCUUCCACACAAUAAAGCAACAUGCUUUGAACUGAAAUGCAAGCAAAGAAAACAAGAACUGAUAGCCCGCUUUGUGGGUACUGCACUGUUAAUACCCGUUAGCAGCAAAGACUGGUUGCAUAGGAAUUGCACAAACCAUAAACAACAUUAGAAUUUAUGGCAGGAAAAGAGAUGAACUGUUCAGACAGCUGUCCAAAAAUAAUGUAAAACAGGGUUUCAGAUAGCACUAAAAUUGUACACUUCAAAAAAAUAAGCUUUAGUAUGAUGUGUGACUUCAUGUUAUGCCUUAAGCCCAAAAAGGUAAACUCGGAAGAAUGUUUCCUUUUCUAAUUUGGUAGGAUAAAUUAGAAGGAAAAAGAAAAUAGUGCUAGUGUGAACGUAGAGUCCAUCACAUGUUACCUU